AUGAACAAGCAUUGGGUUUUUGGAUUUGCAAUCCUCUACGUUGCCACAGACAUAGCUAUCGGUGUUGGUCUUUAUUACGCUGGUUACCACAACGCCAGUCGAUCGAUGUCGGCAAAUAAGCGAGAUGUCUUCCAAGAUUUACAAGACGAAAUUUCAUCUGCAAAAAUCGAAAGCUUCCUUAAACAUCUAAGAAGUGUUCCCCAUUUAGCUGGAACUGCAGAAGACAGUCAACAGGCUGAAUGGCUGCGCGAUCAGUUUCUCGAAUUCGGUUUAGACCAGGCCACUGUAGUUCCAUACCAUGUUCUACUGUCUUAUCCAGACAUGGAGAAACCAAAUAAGGUCUACCUCAUUGAUAGCAACGGUGUAGCCAAUUUCACGUCUUCGGGUAAACAAAUGCCAUUGUACUCGCCAGAAGAAAAUUCAACCCUUGUGGCACCCAAUUUCAAUGCGUACUCUGGAACUGGAACUGUUACAUGCGACGGCCUAGUCUACGUUCAUUUUGGACAGGAAGCUGAUUAUGAGUAUUUGGCCAAAGAGGGAAUCGACGUUACUGGCAAGAUCGUGCUGGCUCGUUACGGUGCGUCAUUUCGGGGAAAUAUCGCAGAUCUAGCGGAAAAGAAAGGUGCCGCUGGUGUGUUAUUGUAUUCUGAUCCCAAGGAGUUUGCGAAGAAAGGGAGGAAUGAAACAUAUCCAGAUUCGUGGUGGAUGCCGGGUAUGGCCGUCCAGUCUGGCACUAUUAUGCUUGGAAAUGGAGAUCCUCUAACUCCAUUCUACCCAGCCAUCGAAAGUGCUUAUAGGAUUCCUCAGUCACAGGCAAUGCUACCCAACAUCCCGGUGCAACCGAUAGGUUAUGACGAAGCAGAAAUCUUAUUACGGUCAUUGAAAGGGAAGGAAGCACAAGACGAAUGGUGGGGCAGUUUAAACACCACAUAUUUGUUAGGUCCUGAAUUCCGGUCCAUAAAUUGGACAAUCAAAAUGGAAAUUCUUACAGCAAAUAAAAUGGCAACAAUAUACAAUACAAUCGGCAUGCUACACGGCCAAGAAGAACCAGAUCGUUAUGUGCUGGUCGGAAAUCACCGCGACGCCUGGAUUCUCGGUGCCCGUGAUCCAUCCAGCGCAACCGUCUCUAUGAUGGAGAUGGCAAGAGCUUUCGGAAAAGCGAAACUUGACCACAGUUGGCACCCAAGGCGGAGUAUUGUCUUUUGUAGUUGGGGAGCCGAAGAGUACGGCCUAAUUGGAUCUUACGAAUGGGCUGAGGAGCACUCAAAGGUGUUGAGUCAAAGAGCUGUGGCCUACUUGAACGUUGACAUUGCAGUCCAAGGCAACUAUUCUCUAUGGGGAAAAGGAGCACCACUAAUGAAUAGUGUUUAUUUGGAAAGCUCUAAGAAAAUAAAAAAUCCCAGCCAAUCAGAAGUAGAAGCCGGACGACCUACCUUAUUUGAUACUUGGGCCUAUCGCUAUCCCGACACUUUGCAUCCUGGUAGACCAAGGGUGAAUAUUUUAGGAAGUGGGAGCGACUACACAGCUUUUAUGCACAUUUUGGGCAUUCCUUCCAUCGACAUUUGUUACAAUUAUGAAGAGAACAUUGGAUCAUAUCCCCUCUACCACACACUCUAUGAGACGCAUCACCUAGUAGCUGACAUCAUCGACAAAGAUUUCCUGUACCACCGAGCAGUCACACAGCUUUGGACAGAGAUCGCCCAUAAUCUAACAGAAUCAGUCAUUUUGCCAAUGGAUUUGGCCUGGUACGCCAUCUACUUGUCAGAGAGUGUGGCCAAUAUAAAAACACGUGUUACAAAGUAA